AUGGACAUCGUGGAGAGGGUCCUCUCCGUGGCCCAGGUCAUCCACUCCCAACUUGAGCAUGUGAAGUGCUGUAAGCACCAGUGCCAGCGCCUCGUGGAGCGCAUCCAGAUCCUGCUGGAGCCCGUGAGGGUCCUCAGGGCUCAGCCACCAAAGCACAUCUCCCACCACGAAGAGAAACUCUUGAAGAAGCUGCUCUGUGUGCUGGGGGAAGCCCAGAAACUGGUGACGAAAUACAGCCAGACCAGCUGGAUCCAGAAGUUCCUGAGAGCCCACAGUGUUGGCGAGGAGUUCGUCUGGGUGAAUGAGAGCCUGGAGGACAUCGCCCAGGGGCUCUCGCUCCUGCUGCAGGCAGAGCAGAAGCAGGCUUUCCUGCAGGCUUUCCAGGCAAAGACCUGUCGUAGGCAGGACGCUGAGGACCUGCAGGAUGACAGGGCUUUCUUGGACCAGGUGAUUGCAAGUACCGGACAGUGUGAAGACGUCGCCAGGGAGAUCUACAUCGACAGACAGUGUAUGGAGAGCAAGGUAGACUGGAUGCAAAGCGAGCUGAACAAAAUCGUGCACAUGAUGGAGUGCUUGAAGAAGGUCAACGUUGGUAAAAGAGAAGACAUCACUGAGAUUGAGCGGAACCACCUCACCUUCUACAGACACCUGCAGGACACCGAGAGAUAUGACCUCUACGAGGGAGAGUACCUCAAGUACCCUGUCGCCAUCAAAACCUUCAAGAGGCCACUGACCACUGACCCAGUGAAGGUGAGAGACAUCUUCGAGAAGGAGAUUCAGACCCUGAAGAAGUUUGAGUCUCCAAACAUCCUGCGCAUGUACGGGAUCUGCAUUGAGGAGAAAGAUGGGAGCCCCUGCUUCUCCAUCGUCAUGGAGUACUGUAAGCACGGGACGCUGCGGGAUGUGCUGACCAAGCAACGGCAUCUCUCCUGGGAGGUUCGCAUUCGGAUGGCCCUGGGAGCCGCCAGAGGCCUUUACAGGUUGCACCAGACGGAGGAGAAGUCCCGACUCCAUGGCUCCAUCUGCAGUAACAAGUUCCUGGUGGCCGGGGAUUACUGCGUGAAGCUGUCAGGAUUUGAGCUGACUGAAACAGAGUCAUCCAUCAAGAGGAAAGCCAGGAAGAACUGGAAACAUGUCUCUAUGUUGGCUUACGUCGCCCCUGAGAACCUGAAAGACAUCAACUACCCCUACAAGAGGCCCUGCGAAAUAUACAGCUUCGGGAUAGUGCUGUGGGAGAUCGCGACCUCCAAAAUCCCAUUUGAAGGCUGCACUCCCCAGGAGAUCACAGACAAAAUCUGCAACCACCGUUACCGAGAGCCUGUCGGGGAAGAUUGUCCUGAAGACCUGCGGAAAGUCAUUGACCAGUGCCGGGCCUUUGACCCUUCCCAACGCCCUUCUGCCGAGGAGAUUGUGGACUUGCUGGCUGACCUGGAGAAGAGCCGAAGCCAAGGCAGUUAA